AUGUCACUAUUCAGUGCUGAAAAGGAAACACUCUCUCUUCGCCGGUCCGAUGCUUGCCUCGGAUGGCAUUGUCUCACCUCAGCUACUCGGUUUGGCGUCAUAUUCUCCAUUGUUGUUACAUUUAUCAUCUUGUCAAUUGUCUGGAUGUAUUGCAUGGGCCGAGCGAGAAUAUUCCGCAUCAAAACCAAAACGAAUCAUGCGUCUGGGAAGCAAAGAGGAUGGCGUUACCAUGGCACCCCGAAGGGCACAGCACCGCCAGGAUUAUAUUCAAUGCCACAAAACUUGGUCUUCGGUAACGGAUUACCUCAAAACUUUCCUGUUUAUUUCUUACCGGGACCUCAGGUGUUGCCAACGCAGCCUUUUGGCGUCAUAAAUUCUCCCACUGCUCGUAUCCACACGUUGGCUUCAGCAAAUCUGCCACAGGGAACACAAUAUCCUGCACAUUCCCAUAUAACAGCGCCUGAACCCCCAAAAACCAAAGACUCUCACAAGGAGCCAGGCCGAGCUCCGGAUGGAUGUUCAUCGGGUCAUCCUACAUGGUGGCAACGCUUCUAUAGAGCUUUCAAUCUGCCUGCUGGAGCGGCAUCUACCAUUGCAAGUUCUCCUUCUCCUUCUCCAGAACCUGAACAGAGAGCAAUUAUCAGGAUCGAUCAUUCAGCGACAAAUAGGCGCCCUGAAAACAUCCCAUCGCAAUUCAAUAAUCAGAAAGAUAAAAGGACAUUCAAGUCAGCAGCGAACGAGCAAGAUGAUACUUCAUCAAUGCUAUGCAAUCUUAACGCUUCUAACGACUCGAGGGAGUCAAUUCGGAGUGAUGCCGCCACGGUUCACAGCGACGAUUUUGAGAUGAAUUCCCAACGCAGAUAA